CGCAGGCAGCGCCGGGACCCGGCCGUUCCCCCCUGGGCUCCUCCCGCUCUCAGCCGCUGCCCCCGGCGUUGCUCCGCUGAGGACCCCGGGGCAGGGUCGCGGUCCCGCACCCGUCGUGUCCCGGGGCGCCGCUGGCACAAGCGGAGCCGGGAGGGGCUGGGGCUGCCCUCGCAGAGGCCGUCCCGGCUGCGGGAUGCAGAGCCCCGCGCUCAGGGCGCUGGGCUGCGGCUCGGUGGCUGUGCUGGGAGCGCUGGCGGUGGCCGCCUUCCUCCUGGUCCUGACCCCGGUGAAGGACGCUGCCCUUCCUGCCAGGAGCAAAUACGGGCUGGUGUUUGAUGCCGGCUCCACGCACACGGCUCUUUACAUCUACCGGUGGCCUGCGGACAAGGAGAACGGCACCGGCAUCGUGUCCCAGGUGGAGGCCUGCACUGCAGCCGGACCCGGCAUCUCCAGCUACGCAGACGACCCCGCGGGGGCCGGAGCCAGCCUGAAGCCCUGCCUGGACAAGGCCAUGGGGAUCAUCCCGGCAGAGCAGCAGCAGGAGACCCCCACCUACCUGGGGGCCACAGCGGGCAUGCGGCUGCUGAGGGAGCAGAACAGCACCAAGGCCCAGCAGGUCUUUGCCGAGGUGGCCAAGACCAUUGGCGAGUACCCGGUGGAGUUCCGCGGAGCUCAGGUCCUGACGGGGAACGAGGAGGGCUCCUUCGGCUGGAUCAGCGUCAACUUCCUGCUGGAGACGCUCGUCAAGUGCUCCCUCACAGGCACAUGGACCCACCCGCCUCCCGAGGAUGUGGUCGGAGCUUUGGACCUCGGUGGGGCUUCAACCCAGAUCACGUUCCUUCCUGGGACCCCCAUAGAAGACAUCAGCACUGGAGCCCUCCUCAGGCUGUAUGGGGCCAGCUACUCCGUCUACACCCACAGCUAUCUCUGCUAUGGGCAAAAGCAAGCCCUGAAGAUGCUGAUGGCUUCCUUACACCGGGCCAGCCCAUCCACUGCGCAGAUCUCACACCCCUGCUACCCCAGGGGGUACCAGGAGAACAUCACCACAGCAGAGCUCUACGACAGCCCCUGUGUGCGUGCCCCGAGCAGCCCCAGCGCCGCGCAGCUCCUCAGGGUGAUGGGGACAGGGGAGCCAGCAGCGUGCAGCGCCGCCGUGCAGCAGCUCUUCAACCUCAGCUGUGGGGCCAACAGCACGUGCGGGUUCAACGGGGUCUAUCAGCCGCCCGUGCGGGGACAGUUCUUUGCCUUCUCAGGGCUUUAUCACAGCCUUCACUUCCUGAACCUGACUGGAGGGCAGCCCCUGAGCUUGGUCAAUGCCACCAUCGAGCAGUUCUGCACCAGCACCUGGGAGAAGGUGCAGCAGGAGUUCCCCACCGUGAGCAGGAUCCAGCUCCGUGAUGCUUGUGCAGGCAGCACCUACGCCCUCACCCUGCUCCUGCAGGGCUUCAGAUUCAACCACACCACGUGGCUGAACAUCCGCUUCACCCGGCAGGUCACUGGUGUAGACGUGGGUUGGACUCUGGGCUACAUGCUCAACCUCACCAACAUGAUUCCCUCGGAGAUCCCCCAGAGGGUCGUAGGGCUCCAGAGAAGCAAUUGGAUAGCAGCCAUGGUUCUACUGGCCACCAUGCUCAUCCUCACCUUCUGCCUGCUCGCACUCACGUGCUGCAGGAAGAGCUCCUCCGGUUAUGCCAGUCUCUAGCAGUGCUGGCCCCAGGGGCAGCCCAAGCACUUGGUCCUGAUGCUGCACCUGUGUGAGGAGCUGCACAACAGGGACCCCCCCGUGCCCAGGAGCUGUGAACUGGUAACGUGGGUGCCUGCGUCCUGGCCUGGUGAGCUGGAACUGGCACAGGCUUUAAAAUCUCUGCCUUGUA